AUGGAGAAUGCGGGAAUGGAUUUGCAGACAAGCACUGCCGCUGUCACUGCCUCUGGCGCACAACAAUCGGACAUGGACGAUCCACCUUUCAAGGCAUCGAACGAAUCCGAUGCCAUCGAAGACUACGCUGGCCGCACGCCGCCCAGCCUCGAAGGAAUGCUGGCCGCUUGCGGUAUACAUGAGCUGUACCCGGAUAACGAGAAGGAUCCUGAGGAUGGGAAGAUCCGCUGGGAUCCAUCGGGUCCUGCUAGCUUGUGGUAUGCCGAGAGCACUCUACACGCUCUCGAAGGCAUGGUCGCAGACUACGAUCGCUUCAUGAUCAGCUGCAGCAGCGAUGUCGAUCUAGCUCGCGUCGAGACCCCAUCCACCUUCAACCUGCUCGGCCUGCCUGCUGAAAUCCGCAACCUCAUCUACAAGUACACCCUCGUAGUGGAAGAGCCAGUAGAGUUCAGUACCGGCUACUGCCAUCCAGACAAGAUGCGUCUCUGUGACUACGCCGAGCCAAGAUGGUGUUGCUGCGAAAUCUGCGGAGACGGGUUUUGGCAAGACGGCGUGAAGUACCACGGCUGCGAUAUGUACAAGAAGACCCUAAGGAAGCCAUCCCACGUCAAGCACGUCCGCUUCUUGCGAACCUGCAAGCAUAUCAAAAAGGAGGCGAGUUACAUUUACUACGGUCAGCCGUUUCGAUUCACUGGGACGAACGGCUGGCUCGCCCUUCACAGCUUCCUCAUCCACAUCGGUCCCGAGAGCCGUAUGGACCUGAGAGAUAUCUUCAGCGAGCAUCCCUUCGCCUGCGACUCGGACACCCCAUGCGGUGGUCGUCACGAGCACGCCUAUGAUCGCCACCUCGCGUCUCUCGGCUUCGCGAACAACUUCCCAGACUCCUACUUCACCCAAAACUGGUCAUGUGGGAGCUGGUGGAGCGACGUCAAAUGGGAAUCCUCCCCCAACGCAGCGUUUCUUCUCGCAGAGAUCCCAAAGCUCCGCUCCUUGUGUUUCGUGUACCCGCGCCCCGAGUACCGUAACGAUGCGUAUGGCGGGAUUAGUGAGACGUGGGAUAUGGUGGCGGAGCAUCCGGUGCAUCAGUAUCUUGCGGCGAUCGAAGGGUUGGAGCUGAGUUUGCAGAGGUCGGUGCACUGGGGCAGGUCCGGUGUUUCUGUGCAGGAGGAGCAGUUUAGUAUUGGGGUGGUAGAUAUGGGGUGGAAGAUCGUCCAGGAGCAGGAGCCGGAGGAGGUGGUAUCCGAGACCGAGGAAGAGUCUGAGGAUGGCAAUGCUGGAGAGGACGAUGCCGAGCAGGACGACGCUGAAGCGAUCUGA